AGAUGGCGCUGCACUCAACGCGGAAGGCGCGUGGGUGCUGGAGCUUCAUCCGGGCACUUCAUAAAGGACAUAAAGCUGCUCCCGUUCUGCAGGACCAGCCAUUUCUCGUGUAAGGUCGACUCGUCUCACCUAUCACUGCUCUCCUACUCGAAACGUGGCGACGUUGCAAGAAUACGUGAUGACGUAGCACUGGCGGAAGGAGCGCGCUGCCGCCUGACCUCGUGGCCGCCGCCUCUCUCCGCAGGAGCGCCGCGCCGCCGCCGUUGCCCGGCAACGCGGAAAGCCAACACCUGGUGUUACGUUUCAGAGACCCCAGUCAUUCCGGGACUGCUCUCUUUCUCAAGGAAGACAGCGUGAAGCGAGUCUUUUCUGGCAUUCAGCCUACAGGAAUCCCCCACCUGGGCAAUUACCUGGGAGCCAUUGAGAGCUGGGUGAGGUUGCAGGAUGAAUAUCACUCUGUGCUGUACAGUAUUGUUGACCUCCACUCCCUCACUGUGCCCCAAGACCCCACCAUCCUCCGGCAGAGCAUCCUGGACAUGACGGCUGCUCUUCUCGCCUGCGGCAUAAACCCAGAGAAGAGCAUCCUUUUCCAGCAAUCUCAGGUACCUGAACACACACAAUUAAGUUGGAUCCUUUCCUGCAUGGUCAGAUUACCUCGGUUACAACAUUUACACCAGUGGAAGGCCAAGACUGCCCAGCAGAAGCACGAUGGAACGGUGGGCCUGCUCACGUACCCUGUACUCCAGGCAGCUGACAUUCUGUUGUACAAAUCCACACACGUUCCUGUCGGUGAGGAUCAAGUCCAGCACAUGGAACUAGCUCAAGAUCUAGCACAAGGUUUCAACAAAAAGUAUGGGGAGUUCUUUCCAGUGCCCAAGUCCAUUCUAACAUCGAUGAAGAAGGUGAAAUCCCUCCGUGACCCUUCUGCCAAAAUGUCGAAAUCAGACCCGGACAAACUGGCUACCGUCAGAAUAACAGACAGCCCCGAGGAGAUCGUGCAGAAAUUCCGCAAGGCGGUGACGGACUGCACCUCGCAGGUCACCUACGACCCGGCCGGCCGCGCGGGCGUCUCCAACGUGGUCGCCAUCCACGCGGCGGUGACCGGGCUGUCCGUGGAGGAGGUGGUCCGCCGCAGCGCGGGUCUGGACACUGCGCGUUACAAGCUGGUGGUGGCGGAUGCCGUGAUUGAGAAAUUUGCCCCAGUUAAGAGCGAAAUUGAAAAGCUGAAGAUGGACAAGGGCCACUUAGAGAAGGUUUUACAAGUUGGGUCUGCAAAAGCCAGAGAACUAGCAUACCCUGUGUGCCAGGAGGUGAAGAAAUUGGUGGGGUUUUUAUAGGAAGUUUCCACUAAUCACAAAAAGGCUUUCGUGUCUUCCAGUCUGUGCACUUCGAUAAAGGCCGCUUUCUUCAGAAGCAAAAAAAAAAAAAAUUAUGGUUUUGGGACAUUUGAUUUGGUGUAGCUGAUUAUUGGCUUCAUUUGAUGAAUAAUGUUUUGUAGCUUUCAAAUAGAAUAAUGUUCUAAAUCUCAUGAACAAAAUGCUGUGGCUAGAAAAGAAAAUCAAGGCAUAGCUGGCUGAAUCUCUGAUUAUUUGAGGCACACUCAUUGGCCUGAAUAUAUCUACGCAAAUGUGAUUGAGGUGAGCAGUAAUUUGGGAAAUAGAGUAUCAUUUGUGCUCUCUGGAGUAGUGCUCACUUAUCUAUCCCAACCCUUUUAGAAAGCAGGAUGGAGCGGUCUUAGACUUAUAAUUCUUGAGAUGCCAUUUGAUCCAGUUUGUAUUCAGAGCUCAUAAAAAUAAGUUCAUUUUUAUAGUUCACUUGUCACUGAGAUGAUACCUGCUUUUUAAUGUAUUUAAGCUGCUUAACUUAUUUUCUGAGAGACCACACUGACUCCUGUGGCAAGUAUUUGUUCUUUAAUUCAGAGAUUUGGGAUAUGAUCUUCUAAGGAGGUUGCAUUAUUUCAGCUUGAUUUAUUUAUUGUACAAGAGCCCAAGUCCCUGAAUUAUGUUCUUAAUAAGCACUCCUUACAUUCAUUUCAGUUUAGUCUCAUCAGCCCCCUGUGAAAUAUACAGGAGAAUUAUUGCCAAUUUACACAUGAGGAAAGUGAGGCUUAGAGAGUACAAUUAGCUUGUAGAAUAUCACUCAAUAAGUAAGAAGCAAAUCCAAGAGUAAAACUGUAACUCCUUAUUCCUAAGAGUGGUGCUUUCUUUCCUUCAUCAGCACAAAACCUUGACAGGCAGCAUUUUUGAGAUUCCAAACAUUCUGAUUUUGAAGGUGGGUACUGGAAAUAUGAGACUAGAACUAAUGAUUUUAUUUAUAUCAACCAUUCAGCCAAUAGCUGCUUACUUUAAAUCUGGAUUCAGCCAACCUUGGUCACCUUUUCCAGUCAAAAUCCCCAAGGCAGGUCCAAAAAUUCCCUCUUCUGUACUUGUUGCAGAGACAUUUCAAAAUAUAUUCUACCAGACUACAGUAGCAGUGAGGCCUGACAAAUCAAAUAUUCCCAAUGAGUGGUAGCUUCUCAUCUCACCUCUACCUGAGUCUCUCUAAGUAAUAACAAGUCACCCUAAAAUCCAGCUUUUCUGUACUUCCAUUUCCCACACCUGCAAAUGAUAAUCCAGAUUUACACACCAAGACCUGUUAGCAAGAUUGAUUUUGUGACGGAAAUUGCUUGUAAAUUUUUUGCCAAUAAGACCAUGAUGAGCAAGGCAUUUUAAGUUAUGUUUUUAUUCUUUUCGUUUUUCUUUUAAGAAACAGGGUCUUGCUCUGUCACCCAGGCUGGAGUUCAG